AUGGGCUGUUGUAUGUCAAAACCACAAACACCAACUCGAGGUACUAAUGGACCUCCUAUAGUACAACCACCAAUUCAACCAUCUACAAUUCAAUCACCUGUGAAUAAUUAUACAAUUAAUCAACUACCCAAAUUACAACCGACAAACCAACCACCUAUGUUAUACUCAAAUCAAUCACCUAUAUCACCUGUAAAUCCUGUAAUUCCACCAAUGAAUCAACCACCUACAAUUCGACCGAUGAAUGUGGCACCUUCAAUUCAGGGCACAAUUCUUUCUACUCAACGGUUAACUAUUCCACCAAUUGCUGACAUUCCUGUAAUAACAAAAAGUAAAAAAGAACCACCAAAAAAAGAUGGUACUUGUCUAUAUUGUGCAGAAAAUCCGGCGGACACUGAUACUGACGGCCAUCCAAGUGAAUUUUGUAGUGAUGAAUGUCGUCGUGGUGCAUUAGAAUCAGGGUUUGCUACUCCCUGUAUGCAAUGUAAAGAAUUCCCUCGAAUCACCGGAUCAGAAUUUUGUGGAUGGCUGAAAUGUAGAAAUUUACCAUUGUGUUUACAUUGCAAGGUUAAUCGUGUUCAUCCACGUUCACUCUGGUGUUCAAAAUCUUGUCGAAAUAAAACUCACAACUGGCAAACUCUAAUAACCGAAAAGAGCAAUCAAUUAUGUUUGAAUUGUAACAGAGAUCACGCAUUAACAAAUCAGUACUUUUGUGGAGAACAAUGUAAUCGUAUGGUCCAGAAUAAAGCUCCAUGUCUUUUCAAGCUUCCAGCAAAUAGUCAAAAAUAUAGGGAUGUCACGAAUCAAUUUCGACUGGCAUGGAAACAUCCACAUAAAAAUGUACCUGAAAUUGAAUCAAUAUGGAAGAUAUUUUGUACCAGUGAAAUGAAUAUUCGAUAUAAUAUAUAUCGUGAGGAAGUGGAACGAAACCAAAAAUUGGAAGGUAAACCUUUUCCAAAAGGAGAUGGAAGCAGAUUAAUGAGUGCGGGAAAUGAACAACGACGAUUUCAUGGAACAAAAAUGUCAUGUUUUAUUGGUAUAAAAAAUGGACAAAUUUGUAAUGAUAAAUCUUGUGCAGUUUGUUGUAUUAUAAAAGAAGGUUAUAAACUUCGAUUUGUGGGAACCUCAUCAAAGUCAGAUGAUUAUAACGAAGGAUCAUUAAAAAAUCAUUAUGGAACAAAUUACAAGGUAAUGUUAUUAAAUAAAGUUAUAGUAGGAAAAGGAUCCCCGUUGACAGCAGACAAUAUGACAUUGAGAAAUGCACCAUUUGGAUUUGAUAGUGUAUUAGGUGAACCUAGCGCUACUGGUAAUCUUAACUAUGAUGAAGUAGUGGUAUAUGAAGAAGCUGCAUCUAUUCCCCAAUAUUUAAUAGUAUAUAAAGUUCCUUAA